AUGCAGCAGCAGCAGCAGCAGCAGCGGAGUGCCUCUCCUCCCGUGCAAGAGGCAGCAGCAGCAGCAGCAGGAGCGUCUUUGAUACCCUUCAAUGGCAACGGCAGCAGCAGCAACAGGAGCAGCAGCAACAGCAGCAGCAGCACAGUAGGCCCCCCGACUCCAGCAGCAGCAACAGCAGCAGCAGCAACAGCAGCAACAAUGCCAGUCCCACCGCCGCUGCCACCUCCACCGUCGCCAGAACUAGCAGCAGCAGCAGCAGCAGCGCCGCCAAUGAGGGAGUGCGCGCGAAAGGCGGAGAAAAGUGCUGCAGCUGAAGCAGCAGCAAAACGAACAGAAAUGGAAACAAAAGUUUUUCCGUUUCUGCGGCUGUCCGCGGUGUCUCGGGACGCUGCGGGGGAGCUGCGCAUACACCUCAACACCGGCGAACACGUCGUGGUCGAUUCAGCAGCUGUAGAGCUUCGUUCGGCUACGGGGCAGCUGUUGCAGCAAGCAGCUCUGCCGCUGCUGCCGCCUCCAGCAGCAAAUGGCUCCCUGCAGCAGCAGCAGCAGCAGCAGCUGCUGCUGCAGCAGCAGCUGCCGCAGCAGGAGCAGCACAGUCCUGCAAUGCAGCAGCGGAGACUCAUGGCUGAAAACGUCCACUACAGGCGGUUGCAGCAGCAACAGCUGCUGCAGCAGCAACUGCUGCAGCAGCAACUGCAGCAACAACAAAUCCAGCAGCAGCAACUGCAGCAGCAGCAGCUGCAGCAGCUCCAGCAACAGCAGCUGCAGCAACAGCAGCUGCAGCAACAGCAGCUGCAGCAACAGCAAUUUGAGCCACAGCAACUGCAACAGCAAUUCCCGCUGCAGCAGCAAUUGCCACAGCAAUUUCCGCUGCAGCAGCAGCAGCAGAUUCCACUGCAGCAGCAGCAGCAGUUCCCGCUACAUCAGCCACAAUUCCCACUGCAGCAGCAACAGCAAUUUGCCCUGCAGCAACAACAACAGCAGCGGUUCCCUCUCCAGCCUCAGCUUCCGUUGCAGCAGCAGCAGCUGCUGCAGCAAUUGUACCUGCGUCAGCUCCAGCAGCAGCAACAGCUGCAGCAAUACUUGCAACAGCAGCAACUUCAGCGCCAAAUGCAGCAGCAACAACUACAGCAGCAACAACUCCAGCAGCAACAACUGCAGCAGCAACAGCUGCAGCAGCAGCAGCUGCAGCAGCAGCAACUGCAGCAGCAGCAGCUGCAGCAGCAAGCUGCAGCACAUCAGCGAGUCCUCGCUGCUGCUCCUUCGUCCCCAACCUCUGGAGACGCUCUCGCGUUGCUGCCUCCAGGGCCUUCAAACGAGACUGAGCAGCAGCAGCAGCAGCAGCAGCAGCAGCAAAAGCAGCAGCCGCUGCGGCUGCCGCUGCGGCUGCUGCAUGCACUGGGAUCCUGCUCCAGCUCAGCAGCAGCAGCAGCAGCAAGAAGGGUGCUGUGGCGGCAGCAGCAGCAGCAGCAACCAGCAGCAGGAGCAGCGACACAUGCGCGCCAGACUGCUGCUGCGCUCCGCCCUCCGUGUGUUACUUGCUGCGGAUGCAGCAGCAGCAACAACAGCAGCAGCAGCAACUGCGUCUUCUGCAUUGGGGUUGGGGCAGCGGCUCUCACUGAAGCAGCAGCAGCCGCAGCAGCCGCAGCAGCAGCAGCAGCGGUAGCAGCUGCUGCAGGAGACGCAGCAACAGUGCUAGGAGGCGCUGCAGCAGAAAGGACAACAGACGGAACUGCGCAGUGGGCUCAGACACAGCAGCAGGAAGCCCCUCAAAAGCUGCAGCAGCAGCAGCAGCAGCACGAAUUGCAGAAGGUGCAGCAGCAGCCACAGUGGCAGCAACAGCCUCAACAGCACGAGGUGUGA